GUGAGGGAGGUGUGUAACAAUUUCCUGUAGUUGCAUGCUGAUCUGCGUCUCUGAACCUUCCUCUCCGAGUCUGUUUCUGUCACAGUGAAGAGCACAGACGAAGCUGAGCGGAACAGGAUGCAGGCUAUCAAAUGUGUGGUCGUGGGAGAUGGAGCGGUGGGAAAAACAUGUCUUCUAAUCAGCUACACAACCAAUGCCUUCCCCGGGGAGUACAUUCCUACUGUGUUUGACAACUACUCAGCUAAUGUGAUGGUGGACAGCAAGCCAGUCAACCUGGGCCUCUGGGAUACAGCUGGACAGGAAGACUACGACAGGCUCCGCCCACUGUCCUACCCACAGACGGAUGUUUUCCUCAUCUGUUUCUCCCUGGUGAGCCCAGCGUCCUACGAGAACGUCAGAGCUAAGUGGUACCCUGAGGUUCGCCACCACUGCCCCUCCACACCCAUCAUCCUGGUGGGCACCAAGCUGGAUCUGAGGGACGAGAAGGAUACCAUUGAGAAGCUGAAGGAAAAGAAGCUGGCGCCAAUCACCUACCCUCAGGGCCUGGCUCUGGCUAAAGAGAUAGAUUCAGUGAAGUACCUGGAGUGCUCGGCUUUGACCCAGCGCGGUCUGAAGACGGUGUUUGAUGAGGCCAUCCGAGCCGUGCUCUGCCCCCAGCCCACUAAGGUCAAGAAGAAGCCCUGCUCCCUGCUGUAAAUGAUUCAUGCAGGACCAGA